AUGAUAUUCCCUCCAUCUUUACCGACUAUACCAACCAUCGUUGCCCCUCUUUUCGUUCUCCUCUUAUCGGUAGUCUCGGUAAACGCAGAAAGAUAUAUCUCGAGAGUCCAGGAUAUACCUAAAAUCGGCUUGGGCACUUGGCUCUCCGACAGAGAAAAGGUUGCUCAUGCCGUUGAAUAUGCCUUAGAUUCGGGAUAUAAUCAUAUAGAUGCCGCUCUCAUAUAUCGAAAUGAAGACCAGACUGGAAAUGGAAUAGCUUGGGCAGGUGCUUCUCGAGAAGAUAUUUGGGUGACAAGCAAGCUGUGGAAUGACCACCACCGCCCUGACCAAGUCCAAGAAGCAAUUCAGAAAUCGAUAUCAGACCUUGGCGUGGAGUAUUUGGAUCUCUACCUCAUGCACUGGCCGGUCGCCUUUGUUCCUGGUGAGGGAACUAAGAUAGAUGAGGAAACAUCUAUCUUUGACACUUGGCGGGCCAUGGAAGACCUUGUCAGAGCCAACCUGACUAGAAAGAUUGGCAUUUCCAAUUUCGCCAAGAAGGACGUCGAGAAUAUUCUAGCUAUGUGCACAAUAUGCCCAUACGCACAUGAAUUCGAGACGCAUCCUUACCUGCAGCAGCAAGAUUUUGUUGAUUUCCACAAAGAGGUCGGCAUCAAGGUCAUUGCAUACUCACCACUUGCGAAUACGAAUCCAACCUACGAUAGUGGUGUCAGACCCAUUAUGAAGGAUCCACUCUGGAAGUUUAUAGCUGCGAAGAAGGAAGCAACCGUGCCUCAGGUUUUGCUGGCCUGGGGUAUCCAGAGAGGAACCACUGUGAUUCCAAAGAGCGUUCACGAGCAAUAUAUCAAGGAGAAUCUUGAGGCAUUAAAUAUAAAACUUACGGAGAAUGACAUGAAGUCUAUUGCUGCCCAAGACAAGAAGACAAGGAUGAACGACCCUGGAAAAAGUUGGGGUAUAAAGCUGUUCGCAGAUUUAGACGAUCCUACGGAUCUAGAUGGGAAUGGGAAGAACAAGGAGCUAUGA